AUGUCUCUGAUAACUAAGGAGAUCGCAACUGUACAAGCCCUGUUGAAGCUUCAGGGAUCGAAAAUCCCUUUUCCGCCCAGUGAAAUAGAUAUCGCCGAUAUAUUGGCCGCUGAAGCCUUAUUGAAUCUUAGGGCGACCGAUAAUCCAGUUCCUUCUGAGAAUUCUGAUAACCAGAUCAUUAACGUACAAUCUGUCAACAUACCCAAUCAAACGGACGUAAUACCAGGUGGUAAAUCUGAAUCUUUAUCACAUCGGAGUCCUCUGACUGAGAUUCAAAUUAUGAGCACACCAGUUAAAACUGAGAUGCCAAAUAUAGAGGACAAUGAGGAGCUUGAAAUGUCGACGGGUCCUUCUCCUGUAGUUGCAUCGAAAGGACGACGUUCUACGACGGGGAGACGCACGAAGAGAUGUAGAAAAGCUCGCACAAGCACUCCAGUUCUAUUAGGAGAGGGAUAUGCCAUGGUCCCUAAGGGAGUCUUAGCGAAUAUUAAGUGGGAAUCAUAUAAAAACGCAACAAGAAAACUAUUAAUAGCUGUUUUCCCUCGCGAAGUUCUGGCAACGCACUCGAUGUCAGGAAAAAGGUCUCCAGCGUUUCCCAACAAACCAGCAAAAGCGAAGCUCGACCCAAAUGUCAUUAGCGAUAUUAUUAAAACCGUAAUGGCCAGAUGUGGCGUAGCGGAAAAUAUAGUGAGGAUGACCAUAACAACGAAAUGCGCAGACGAAAGUAAAAUGAUGCGAUACCGGCAGAGACAAGAAGAGGAAGAUGAUGAAGAGUAA